AUGUGUGGGCAAAAAGAUCACCAUUUUACGACGCAGCAAAUGCUAUGGGCUGCAGUCUGCACGGGUUUCUUUGGUUUUUUGCGAGCGGGAGAGUUUACCGUGAGCUCCGUAGCAACAUUCGACGCCUCUGUUCACCUGGCUCCACAAGACGUCAGCAUCGACUCACAUGUCACUCCGUCUGUGGUGCGCAUUCACCUAAAGCAAUCGAAAACAGACCCGUUCCGUCAAGGUGUAAACAUCUUUUUGGGUCGAUCGAGACAAGAAAUUUGCCCAGUGGCUGCUCUGCUGAGCUACAUGGCGCUCCGAGGCAACGCGCAAGGCCCCUUAUUUCUCUACGACGAUGGCACGUCACUCUCGCGCAAUAGGCUGGUCCGAGAAGUUCAACGGGCGCUCACAGAAGCCGGACGUGACUGCACAGGCUUUACAGGCCACAGCUUCCGCAUUGGCGCAGAGACGACAGCGAAGGCAAGAGGGUUGAACGAUUCCACAAUCAAAGCCCUUGGAAGGUGGAAGAGUACAGCGUUUGAGUCGUACAUAAGAAUUCCUGGCAGCAGUUUAGCAGGAUUUUCGCAGUCACUCGUGUAA